AUGGAAGGUGAUAGGUUUUCUGCAGGAUUGCUUCAAUCUAGGUUCUUCAAGAUCUUACUCAAACCUCGACUCGACCUCCAAAUUUUCGAAAUUCCAAAGGAAUUUAUGAAAACCCAUGGAGAUGUUCUCCCUAAUGUCAUCUACCUACACAUUCCAACUGGUAAAAAAUGGCAAUUUAAUUUGGUAAGAGAAAAUGGGAAGGCUUUUUUGCAAAAAGGUUGGCCAGAAUUUGUAGAGUUUUACUCAUUGUUCCAUGGCCAUUGCUUAAUGUUCAAAUAUAGAGGAGAUUCUCGUUUUGACGUCGUCAUUUUCGACAUGAGCGCUUCUGAGAUCGAUUAUCCUCCAUUCGGUCCCGAAACAUGUAGGGAAAACCCUCCAAAAAGAAGGAAAACUUUUGAUCUCACUAAACUUAGUACUUCAAAGAAAGGCAAAGAAGGGAUACAAACAAUUGUGAAUGAUAAGCUUAUAAUAGCAAAAGGUAGUCGUUUAAGUCCCGAGGAAAAUAAGAGUGUUCAAGCUUAUGCUGACCAAUGUGAAAAUCCCUUAUUUGCAAUCAAGAUGCAACCAUCCUUUGUUGAGCACCAUUAUAGUGUGACUAUACCAAACGAAUACGUAGAGAAAUACUUGGAUAAGGAACGACUUUUCAACCACGAGUUCAACCUCCAAACUGUUGAUACCGGAAAAACUUGGCCGGUGAAGAUGGUUGCUGAUAAAAAAAAUGUGAAAUUGAGAUCAGGAUGGAAAUGUUUUGUGUUAUAUAACAAGUUAAAAGUGGAUGAUGUAUGUCUUUUCGAGUUGAUCAACAAACACGAGUUUAGAGUACGGGUAUUCGUAUUUGGUGGUGUUAAAGAUAUGGGAAAAGCUGAAGCUAAUGAAGCCAAAGGGGCGCCGACAAAAGAGCAAACAAGUAUGGAUAACAAGGUUAUAUUAGCUCGAGGGUGUAGUUUUACUAUCGAGGAAAUCAAGAGGGUUCGUGCUUAUGCGUCCCAAUGUAAGAAGUCUAAGCAUCCGUUGUUUGUAACGAAGAUGCAACCAUCCUUUGUUGAGUACCACUUUACAUUGAGUAUACCAAAGGAAUUUGAAAAGAAAUACUUGCACACAAAAAACGGACAUUUGAUCGGUUGGAAGUUCAGCCUCAAAACGAAUACUGGUCGGAAAAUUUGGCCAGUGACAAUAUCUAAUACUUGUAACCAAACGAGGUUGAAAGCGGGUUGGAAAACGUUCGCAAUAGAUAACAAGUUGAAAGUGGAUGAUAUAUGUGCCUUUGAGUUGAUCAACAAACAAGAGUUUCAAGUUGGCAUACUUCGUGUUGGUAAUGCUAAGGAAAAUCGUCGAGAAUCCGACAAUUAG